CUCCGCCUCGCUCUGGUCCAAAAUGGCCGCCGCUGCAGCUGCAGGAAUAAACAAGCAGAGCUCCGCAGCAGCGAUGAUGGACCCCUGCGUCAGACACGUCCGAGGCGGAUCCGGCGGUUCUGUCAAGGUGCUGGAGUGUGGCGUGUGUGAGGACGUUUUCUCUCUCCAGGGGGACAAAGUCCCCCGUCUGCUGCUCUGCGGUCACACGGUCUGUCACGACUGCCUCACCCGUCUCCCCCUCCACGGUCGAGCUGUCCGCUGCCCCUUCGACAGACAAGUGACAGAGCUGGGUGACUCGGGAGUGUGGGGUCUAAAGAAAAACUUUGCUCUUCUUGAGCUCUUGGAGCGACUCCAGAAUGGCGCCUCCAACCAGUCGGGAAUGUCGGACGACUCCCUGAACGGCAUGGGAGAGUGUAUCAUCCGCUGCGAUGAGGACGAGAGCCACACCGCCUCCAUGUACUGCACUGUGUGUGCCACCCACCUGUGUGGCGAGUGCUCGCAGUUGACGCACUCCACCCGCACGCUGGCUAAACACCGCCGCGUGCCGCUCGCUGACAAACCGCACGAGAAGACGCUAUGUCCGCAGCACCAAGUGCACGCCAUCGAGUUUGUGUGUCUGGAGGAGCCGUGUCAGUCGGGCCCACUCAUGUGCUGUGUGUGUAAGGAGUAUGGCAAACACCAGGGACACAAGCAUGCCGUCCUGGAGACCGAGGCCAACCAGAUCCGAGCUUCCAUCCUGGACAUGGCUCACUGCAUCCGAACCUUCACGGAGGAGGUUUCAGAAUAUUCCAGGAAGCUGGUGGGAAUCGUGCAGCAGAUAGAAGGCGGCGAGCAGAUCGUGGAGGAUGGCGUCGGCAUGGCGCACACCGAACACGUCCCAGGUACGGCAGAGAGCGCUCGCUCCUGCGUCCGGGCGUACUUCGCCGACCUCCACGAGACACUGUGUCGGCAGGAGGAGAUGGCCCUCAGCGUGGUGGACGCCCACGUGCGCGAGCGGCUGAUCUGGCUCAGGCAGCAGCAGGAGGACAUGACCAUCCUGCUUUCCCAGGUGUCCACCGCCUGUCUGCACUGCGAGAAGACACUGCAGCAGGACGACUGCCGGGUGGUUCUGGCCAAACAGGAGAUCAACUGUCUCUUGGAGACUCUGCACAAGCAGCAGCACCAGUUCACUGAGCUGGCCGACCACAUCCAGCUGGACGCCGGCAUCCCGGUCACCUUCACCAAGGACAACCGGGUCCACAUCGGGCCAAAGAUGGAGAUCCGGGUGGUCACUCUGGGCCUGGACGCAGCUGGCAAAACCACCAUCCUCUUCAAACUGAAACAGGAUGAGUUCAUGCAGCCCAUCCCAACCAUCGGGUUCAACGUGGAGACGGUGGAGUACAAGAACCUGAAGUUCACCAUCUGGGAUGUCGGCGGGAAACACAAACUCAGACCUCUGUGGAAGCACUACUAUCUCAACACGCAAGCCGUGGUGUUCGUCAUUGACAGCUGCCACCGUGACCGACUGAUGGAGGCCCACAGCGAGCUGGCCAAACUGCUGACAGAGAAGGAGCUGAGAGAUGCGCUGCUGCUCAUCUUCGCUAACAAGCAGGACGUGCCCGGCUGCGUGUCAGUGGAGGAGAUGACCGAACUGCUGAGUCUGCACAAACUCUGCUGCGGGCGGAGCUGGCACAUCCAGGGCUGUGACGCCCGGAGCGGGACGGGUCUUCACGAAGGUCUGGAUUGGCUCUCCAGGCAGCUGGUGGCUGCGGGGGUCCUGGACGUGGCCUGAACUCCUGGGCUGGUGCUGUAAGCCCCGCCCCCUCCCUCAUCUUUCUUUCCCUGCGCCAUCGUGGAAUGACCAGCGAAACGAAGAUGUAAAUAAGUCUCAUCCGUUCGCACCUGAAACCCGGCUCCAGUUCUUCAGGCAGCUUCUCGCCAGUCGUGGACUUGAACUAUUUAAUUUAUUUCCUGCAUGACGCCAGGAGGAGACGGUGCCCAACACCACCGUGAGAAUGUUACUUGUGAAACACGGACACACGUGGUGGCCACGAGGUCAAAACAUUCAAAUGAGAAGCAGCUUGUUGGCCACGUAGAGACACUGUAGUUUGAUUGCUCAGAAACACAAGGAGAGCUUGGUGAACUUCAACAAGCCUCGUCGACAGAACAAGGAUUUCAAUGGGAAACCUGUUGGUGAGCUUUUCCUCUUAGUUUAUUAGGAAUUAACCUCUAAAAUAAUCUCCGUAAAUCAAGAAAUAUAGUCUACCAAAUAAAGGCUUUUAUUAUUUAACACUUUCUUUAAAUAAGAAAAAGGGUUUUCUUUUAAGCUAACCGUCCUAGCAUGCUCUCACAUUAUCUAAAAGUGGAUCUAAAACAAAGCUAGAUUAAAAACAUAGAUGUUUAUUUGUGACAAAAUUUGCCUUCAACUUCCAUGUUCAACAUGCAUUCUGUCGUGUUCCCAAAACGCCAUGGAAAAGAGUGACACCAACGGUGACAGAGUUGACAGCACUUUAUCAGAGAACACAUGUAUUUAAGGAAAAGAAAAACUACAUUAGGCUGACUAAAGAAAGGUCAGCUCUUUUAAGGGGCUCAAUCUUGCGUUCAGAACCGACUCACAGAUCUUGAAGAUCUAUAUCUAGGUGUUCCGCUCUUCUUCCAUGUGAUGUUUCUUUUAUUGUCAUACCGCUGGCAUCAUUCAGGGAGAAGAACCCAUCUCCUCACAAGUUAAGGAAGGGCAUGUGCGGUGCCGUGUGGCCGGCACACGCUGGUGAAUGCUUACCCACGAGCAAAGUUGCAGCCGACCCAAGAGGUCCAAAAGGAAAAUGAGCAGGAAGGAACCCUGGUUACAUCUUGAAGAGCAGAUCUGUGAGACACACUGGUUUGUUUGCAAGGAGGACUCAGUUAAGAUCAACUGACAGCUGAUGAGCUGCUGUUGUUUCAGCUGUCUUGAUGUCAAGAGUGAAAGUUGAAGCAGGACGCUAAUCUGCAGCUCAGAUGACGAGCCGUGACUCGGCUGUUUGGGAGCUCUGUGGAACACUCGUGUCCGGGAUAACUCCACCAACCCGGAGUACGAGUCUGGAUUUUCAGCACCAGGGUAUUAGACACUAAGAGGUACAGAAGGAGCAAAUCUCAUUCGCUGCAUCCCUGUGUUUUUUAACAGCAGCUAGCCACUUCCAGAGAAGAUUUUCCAUUUGUUUUUGUGUUUUAAAACGCUCAAAAUUCAGACUGAAAUAUCCAAACUCGAGUUCAAAACGUGAUCUUUUAGGCGAGGUCACGUUUAUAAACAGUUAUGCCUGAUGUGAAAGCUCUUAAAAUGAAAAAGUCAAAGUAUCAGUUUCUGUUAAACUGAUUUUCUGACAUUAAAUGUCAGUAUUUUUACUUAAGAGGAUCAUAAAUACAAGAAUUCCUACAUUAAUAGUCUGAGAUUAUUGUUGUUUCUGAGGUCAGGAUUUAUAAACUGUAAAAUGUAGUUUCCAGUCUGAAUUAAGGAGAUAAAUCAUGAAGUCUGAGUUGGACAUAUCAAGAAAGCUCUGACUUAAACUCUAAAUCCUGUGUUUGUAUUGGAUCAACCUGUUUUCAUGGAGGCAAGUCAGACUUGUGUAACUUAAUAGUCUGGAAGACCUGACUUGUAAUCCAGUCUGCAUUCCAACAGAUGCAAGUUGCUAUGUCCGGUGAACCACCAGGGGUCAGUGUUCAGCUAUUAGCGCGGUGAGAACGGUUCAUGCAGACUUGUACUUCCAACGCGUUGCGUUUGAAACAGUCUUACACGGGUGUUUUUGCUUAUCUGUUACUGGAAGUCUGUUGCCUGGACUGGAGUGAUGUUCAUUCCUGCGCCUGGACUGGUUUGCCUCCGACCCGCUUCCCCGUCAUUCUUCGAACACUUGUGAUCUGAUCAUGUGCGAAGACUGCGCCGACAUCAUCUCAGCUUCCUGUAGCUCUAAAGCACAACGCGCCUGUGACAGUCGCCUUUGUCAACAUUUCCUGAUGUGAUGCUGUACAAUAAACCGUUGUUUGUC